AUGAACAUUCGUGAUCAGUUCGUUUCGGGGUUAUACAGCGAAGAAAUGCGUUCGCGGCUGUUUGCGGAGAGAAACAUAGACUACGCGCGAGCUGUGGAGCUAUCAUUGGCGCUGGAGGCGGCGGAGCGGCAUGCGGGGGCGGCGUGCGCGACCGCGCUCAGCUCGAGCGGCUCCGGCGGCGCGGGCGCGCGGCUCGCUGACGACGGCUUGCAUCGAGUGAGCGCCGCGCGGACGAGGCGCGGCGGCGGCGGCGGCGGCGGCGGAGCGGGCGCGGCGGGGGCUGGCCCAUCGGUGCGCAACACGUGUCGGCGGUGUGGUAAGGGGCAGCAUGCUGAAGGCAAGUGCCGCUACAAGUACUACACAUGUGAUUCUUGCGGAGAAAAAGGACACCUCAAAGUUAUGUGCGGUCAGUUUGUAACGGGUGGUAGCGCUCCGAAGAAAAAUUACAAGUCUAAAGCUGAGGACUCGAUGGCGACUGCCUUACGAGCCGAGUUCCCCGACGUGUUCGCAGACGGCUUAGGCACAUUCAAGUCGCGCAUACGUUUGUUUUUAAAGGACGAUAGCCCGGUAUUUGUAAAGGCGCGGCCCCUACCGCUGGCACUGCGUGCUCGGGUAGAGGACGAGCUCGGUCGCCUGCAGGCGCACUACGACCCGGGUCUCCCGCUGAUCCUAUCGGUGGACAGCAGCCCGUACGGUGUAGGCGCGGUGCUUACGCGGGUGCACGCGGACGGCGAGCGCAUCGUGUGCUGCGCGUCGCGCACGCUCUCACCCACUGAAACCAACUACUCCCAAAUUGACAAC